CCAUUAUAUAUAGCCACUCCACCCCCAACCCCAUUGCUCCACACAAACACAGACCUCACUCUCUUUGAUCUAUACCACAGUAAUAGACCUUCAGACACACUCUCCGCCACUUCGGUCUUCGGGUACUUGCUUCCAUCCACUGCUGCAAUGGCCACAGCAGAGGUCCAGACCCCGACAGCCGCGCUGACGGAGGAGGCGCCGGCGGUGGAGACGCCGCCGGCGGCCGUGGCCGCCGAGGAGGUCUCCAAGGAGGAGGUUCCCGCGCCGGCGGAGGCCGAAGUCGAGGCCCCAGCCGCCGAGGAGCCGGCCAAGGAGGCGGAGCCGGCAGCGGCUGUCGCGGAGGAAGCCAAGGAGCCCGAAGAACCAGCAGCCGCAGCCGCGGCCGAGCCGGAGGCCGAGGCUCCCAAAGAAGCGGAGGCGCCCGCCGUUGCCGAGCCGGAGCCAGAGGUUGAGGCGGUGCCGGAGCCGGCUGUGGUCGAGGAGGCCAAGGAAGAGGCGGCGGCUCCCGCCGCCGAGCCAGAGGCGGCCCCGGCCGUCGUGGAAGCACCGGCGGCGACCGAGGAGGCGCCGGCCGCCGUGGAGGCCAGCGAGUGAGCCGCGUGGAGGAGUUGCUGGCUCGGUGCCGCAUGCCCGUGCCACGGUGUCUCCUACGUGGCCCGGCGGCGAUGCUUAGCUCAGCCAGUGGAGUGCUGCUGCUUACUAGGUGUGUGUGCCAGCUGUAGGUGUGGAACGGGUGCUGUGCGUGGGUUCGCGGUGACGUGGGCUAAAUAAAGUGUUGUCGAGUCGAGCGGGCGGUGAGGCCAGCUAAGCUAGUACGGAGUACUACUACCUGUCAGCGACGCAGUGCCUGUGUCGUUGUUGCAGCUUGUUGUGUGUCGGUCAUGUUGCUCAUCGAGUUUGUGUUAUCUCUGUCAAUGGGUUGGGUAAUGCGGUUUUCUCACCUCUGAUCAA